AUGUAUUCUCGUUUUCUGUGCCCAAAUGCUUUUGUCUCUCCAGUCGAGCUUGGUGGGCGUGGUCGCCCGCCCAAAUAUGUUGCAGAGAGGGAAGGGAGAGAGGAGAGGGAGAGGGCGAGAGGGAGAGAGGGAGAGAAGAAGGGAGAGAAGAAGGGAGAGAAGAAGGGAGAGAAGAAGGGAGAGAAGAAGGGAGAAAAGAAGGGAGAGAAGAAGGGAGAAAAGAAGGGAGAGAAGAAGGGAGAGAAGAAGGGAGAGAAGAAGGGAGAGAAGAAGGGAGAGAAGAAGGGAGAGAAGAAGGGAGAGAAGAAGGGAGAGAAGAAGGGAGAGAAGGGGGGGUGGGUGGGUGAGGACAUGGAUGCCUUCAACAAGGAGGAGCUACGGAAGUCAGGGCGCCAGUUCAAAGCGGUGGCCAAGAGCAUUUGGCCCGUGGAGUCCGCGCAGGAGCACUUCCUGCCCCGCUUUCUGGACGUGCUCCGCCCACCUCACGGCAUCGACUCGGCCACGGCUGUGUGCCACUACGUGGGCUGCUUCCCCUACAUGGAGAGCAAGGCCGAGGAGACGGUUAGCACGCCGAAUUUCUUCUGCGCCCUGCGGAAGGGGAAGAUCCUGGAGCACGCGCUGCUGCACUGCUCGCUGCUGCUGGGGCUCUCCUUCAAGGCCUACGUCUGCAUGGGGACGAACCUCCGGGACGAGCGCCGGGCUGCAACUACCGCAGAGACCAACGCAGAGGCCGAUGGCUGGCCCGCGCAGUGGACAGCGGCGUUGGUUAUACCGCUAUGGAAGCACAAAGGGCCCAAGUCUGACAAAGGCACAUGGCGAGGCGUUGCGCUGCUCAGCGUCGGAGGAAAAGUGCUCGCCAGAAUCGUAGCCGCCCGCUUGCAACUCUUCUCCGGGAGCAUUCAUAUGGAUGAGACACAGCAAGGCUUCCGGCGGAACCGGGGCGUGGAUGACGUCCUCCAGGUCAGUCGGCGCAUCGCAGAGGAAGUCAGCUUCGCAAGCGCGGAAGCGAGCCAGUGA